CUUGACUAGUAAAAAAGAAAAGGACUAAAUGACGGAAAUACCCCUAUAUAUUUCUCAUAUUGACAAAAUUACCCUUCUUCUACACCAAAUUUCUGAAGAACAACAACAACGAACAAAGCUUUCAGCUUCAGCUUCGAAUCAACUGUAAAAGCUUCGUCCGUACAAUCUCUUCCUCCAAUGGAGACCUUGUUAUCCCAUUCCCCAAUCAAUCUCUCCACUCCUAACUUCCCAACUUCAAAUUUUCUCUUCAAUUUUCCCUCACUUUCUCGGGAAAGUCGGAGCCUUUCUCACCGGAAAUGGCCUCACAGACCGAGAUUCCUCAGAUUCUCCAUCGUCGCAGCGAAUUCCGUUUCUGGGUCAGCGAGUUACGGAGGCUGGGAUAAUCUGGGUGGACUCGAUUGUUCUUCUGGUGAGACUACUGACUCGGGUCAAUUUCGUAAAUUUCUUGUUUCUGUUGGAAUUUACGAUAGAAAACAUGUUUUCGUAUUUGCAUUAGGGUUAUUGUGUGCUUUGGUAAUUUCUAGGGUUAGGGUUUCUUCAAUUAUAGUAUUUCCUGCUUCUGUAUUGGUUUUUGCUGUUGGGUUUUCACUUGGGGUUGUUCGUGGUGGAGGAAUUGGUGAAUUGAUGAGCUAUAAUGGGAAUAAUAAUAGGAAGGUUAAAGAUGAAACAUUUAGGGUUUAUAUUGAUAAAGUUAGGAUUUUGAUGGAAAUUGUUGAUGAAUUUGAUGUUAAAGUUAAUAAUCUCAAGAAAAAGUUAGAGAAAGCUAUUGAUUGUAGAGAAAUUAGAAUUUCAGAUUUGGAAGAUUAUACUAGGGUUUUAGAUUCCAUUAGUUUAUCUUCUUCAAAUAUUAGGAAUGGGAUUGAGAGCUCUAAUGAUGUGUUGGUUGAGAAUCAGAAAUCAAAUAAGAAAAGUAAAGAACUUGGUGAAAUUGGGAAUGAGUUUUUUCAAUCUCUUGGGGUUUUGUUUAGACAAAAAUUGGUUGAUUCGAAACCAUCUAAAGUAAAAGGUAAUGUCAGUAGUGUUAAGCGAGGAGGGACGGUUGGAGCUGCGGUGGAUGAUGAUGAUGAAACUCGUGUUGAUAGUUUAGUUGGUUCUGAUGAAGGAAAGGUUUUACACUCGGUUGAUGAGAAUAAGUCGGGAGGGAAUUCUGUUCGGUCUCACAGUUCAUCAAAUGAGCUCGGUUUUGAUGAGAAUGGAGAUGAAGGAAACCGAAAUAGAAAAAUGAGUUUUAAUUACAGUAAUGAGUAUAAUAAGCGAGUGCAGUUAGUGAAUAAUCGUCGAAUUUCAUUGAAGAUGGAUCGUGAUCAUAAUAAAACCGAAACAUGGGAAAGAGAAUCUGAUGAUAAUCUUCUUGAAUCUGUAAGUUUCAGUGUUAGAAUGCAGCAACGUACAAAAACUGAAGCUUCCUUUGCCCGAAAGCAAAAGCUUGAGAGAUCGGAUGAUGUUUACAGCUCUUCUCGUAUUAAAGACAAGAGCGAGUAUAAUACCGAUGUAUCUCCAUUAAGAGAAGAGAGCAUGAAUGUCAACGAAUCUGGAGAAGAGAAUGAGAUUCCUUCCUCGACAUCUUCAAUGGUUUCUGAUGAUGUUUUGUUUGAUCGGUAUCUUAGUGAAGCUAAUGACCUUCUUCGACAAGCUAAGGAGUUCAUGAGAGAUAGUCACGAGAAGGAACUUGCAGACAUUGUGUUGUAUAAAUCUGCCAAUAUUCUUUCGAAGGCUAUAGCUAUGAAGCCAAUGAGCUUGUUAGCUGUUGGCUUGUUGGGAAACACUUACCUUCUUCAUGGAGAGCUAAAAUUAAGGAUUAGCCGCGAGUUGAGAACUCUACUUUCGAGAAGUAAUCCAUCAUCUGUUGGAAAAUGGGGUAGAAUACGCGAUCAAACUGAAAGUAAAGAUGAAAUUGCAUAUGCCCUUGUUGAUGUCUGUGAAGAAUGUGAAAAGCUCCUUGUUGAAGCUGGAAGAAAAUAUAGGCUGGCUUUAUCCAUUGAUGGGAAUGAUGUAAGAGCUCUGUAUAAUUGGGGUCUUGCCCUUACUUUUCGAGCACAAUUGAUCGCAGAUAUUGGGCCAGAGGCUUCUUUCGAUGCUGACAAAGUGUUCUUAGCUGCAAUUGAUAAGUUUGAUGCAAUGAUGUCCAAAGGCAACGAUUUUGCACCAGAUGCUUUAUUCAAAUGGGGAAUGGUACUACAACAAAGAUCCCGGUUGCGGCCAAGUAGUAGUAAAGAAAAGAUGAAGCUACUUCAGCAAGCAAAGAGGCUAUAUGAAGACGCCCUCGAUAUGAACUCGAACAAUCUCCAAGUAAGACAAGCCUUAUCAACAUGCAUAUCUGAGCUUAGCAGUAGGCGAUUCUAAUCUUUCAAAAACAGAUUAGAAUAAUCCAAUUUUUUGUUUACAAAAUUUCCCUUCAUUCAACCUCAAAAGGCUUUUUCGGGUUUUUCUUUUUCGAUCUUUUUCCCAUGUUUUCGGGAUCAUACUCAACAAAAAAAUCCUCCUUGAUAGGCACCCAAUAAAUGGAGGAAUUGAAAUUUUCUUGUUAACUUACUAGGCAUCCACUCAAUCACUAUGCAUAAUACUUGUUAAUAUUAUUUUGAGUAUUUUAGAUUCAAUUGUAAUAUGAUAAUACUUGUAAUAAUGUAUUGGAUUAGUGGUAUAACACCAAAUAAUUGCUUAUUUAACACUUCUAUGGAAUAAAUAAUGUUAUUAUUCU